AUGGCAAUUUUCUGCAAACUAGCGGGAUUAUCCAGUUUAUUGAUCAGGAGUGCUGUGCAAAAUGGCAAAAAUUCGUGGGUUUUUGAAUUUCCUGUGGCAAAAAAUGUUUCCGCACAAUUUAGGUGUCUAAGAAAUCAGAAAACUGUCCAAAUUUCAGCUACUCCACGAUCACACGAAUAUCAUGGCUUCACAAGCCGAUUUCGCGAUCGCAAAUCGUGAAAACGUGGAGAAUUUGUGGAUUUGGCACCGGAUUGGCGGCGGUCACCUUCAGGAGAGCAAAAUGUGCUCCGAAAUUGAGUAAACGAAUCGAGCAUCUGCGAAAAGAGGAUCAGAGUGCCGGAAUGACCUUCUGGGAGCUCUGGCAACUUGUCAAACCGUUUUUCGGAUGGUUUCUCGCCGCUGUCGUGGUUAGGAUAUGGCUUUGUUUUUUUUUUUUUGAAAGAAAAUGCGGGGAGGGGGGGGGACUCAAAAUCCGAAGAACUACUGAACCGAUUCGAAUGUCGAACCUUUUUUUUCAACAGUAUGUCACAGAAAACAUAGAGUCAAGCGUCCCACCACCAAUCAAGAGAUCGACGGAAGAGGGUCCGCUCAUCGGAAAAAAACAGAGACACAAAUGACGAGAAAAACAAGCGAGUACCACAUAUAUAGUGCUAAGCGCGCGCGCGUACGCGCGACGCGCCGCGUUGCGGUGCGAGACGGCAGGCAGGCAGGCAGGAAGAGGAGGAGGAUCGAGAGGACCGAUCUGCCGAGCGAUCGGCCAAAAACAGAGCGACUGCGUUGCGUUGCGGCGCUUGCGCGAGCAUUGCUGUCUGGGAAAUGGACCGGUUGACACGCGUGUCGCAGAGAUGAAAGUGUGUUCGGGUGACACGUCAAUCAUAAGUUGUAGUUUCUCCCGACGGUCCGUCCGUCCCGAGGAUUUUCGUUUUUUUUUCGGCCGAUCGCUCGGCUGGACUGCCUUCCCGAGAGCGAACGUUCAAAUUGGCGAGCCGUUAUGACCGGAGUGUCGUUGGACGCAACGGUAUUAUAGGGGCACCGCACAGAAAUGGCGCUCUGUUGAGAAACUGUUUUUGCAGUGCAAAUUGAGCGACCUCGGGGCCGAGUCUGAAAAGUUAGGCCACAUUUUCAGUGGAAAAUUAGUUAGCGGCCUAGAAAUUCGGCCAGAUUGCGAACAGCGCGCCCUUUCCGGUAUCAGUCUGUAGCUAUCGGUCACACGAACAAUCGUGAGCCGACUGAUUUGCUUGAAAAAUGAAAAUUCGCCCUACGCGUGCCGUUUGAAAAUUCAAAAUUUCGCGCCAAAAAACGCCCGCGAAAAUUUUGUGAAGACAUCUGUUCCGCCGAUCUUUGGGUGUUUUUGCUGUUGUGUUCGAUGGACUCUGCACCGUUUUUUCUAGUGUUUUCCCUUUAAUGAAGCAGUGAAAAUUGUUCUCGCGUCAUUUUCUCAACAAUUUUUAUUCUUUUUCAGUGCGCGAUUCUCUCGGCCUACAUCAACAUUCAAAUUCCGUUGUGUUUGGGCGAUUUGGUGAACGGAAUCGUCGAGAUCAUAAAGAAUGAGUCGAAGAAUCUGCGGUCACACUUGGAUCAGCUGCGGCCGGCGGCGGGCCGGCUCAUGGCCAUGUACGUGGUCCAAUCCGCGCUCACCUUCCUCUACAUCACGUUUUUGACGGUGCUCGGCGAGCGGAUGGCCACCAAAUUACGCUCGGAUCUCUUCCGCAAGCUCCUUCACCACGACAUGGCCUUCUUCGAUUCGCAUGUCAGUUUCGGCGAUUUUUUUCAAAUGUUCACACGUUUUUUUUGUUGUUGCAGAAAAGCGGAGAGCUGUCGGCGCGGCUGAACGCGGACGUUCAAGAAUUCAAGAGUUCGUUCAAAAUGUGCGUGAGCCAGGGACUGCGCACGUUCGCCCAAACGGUCGGAUGCAUCGGAUCCCUCUGGUUCUUGUCGCCCACGAUGACAAUGUACACGGUCGCCGUCGUUCCGGCCAUCAUUCUCACCGGCAGCGCCGUCGGGGCCGGUCUGCGGCAGUUGAGCAGGAGGUCAGCAAGAUGUAAAGUGUAUUGGAAGAAAUGAAAAAAAAAAGUGCGCAGGCUUGUAGGAUUCCAGGCUAGGGCCAGUGAAUAUCAUCCAAUUGCAAAUCGUUUCGCGUCUUGAAAGACUGAACAAAGUUUCCAAAUUUCAGAGCGCAAGCGCAAUCAGCGACAGCUUCGGCAGUUUCAGACGAGGCGCUCACCAACAUGCGAACGGUUCGCGCGUUUGCAAUGGAGAAACUCGAGUCCAGGUAUAAAUGUAUCUCAGUUGUCGGUGGAGAUAUCCCAAAGUGGUCAACUGAAAUUCAUAAUUUUCUAAUGAACAUUUUGUGAGUUGACGACUUUUUGAUAUCUCCACCGGCAGCCGAGAUACGACGUUUUGAAUAGAGAUAAUUUAUAAUACAUCGAAUGAUAAUGAUGUGAAUUCAGCUUUUUGACGUGAAAAAUAAGGUUCCAGACUGUUCGACUCGGAACUGGACAAAGCGCGGGCGAUGCAAGAGCAACUCGGAGUGGGAAUCGGAGUUUUCCAGGCGGGAACCAAUCUGUUCCUCAACGGCAUCAUCCUUUCCGUGCUCUACGGAGGAUCCAACCUCAUUUCAAAGGUUUUCCUACUUUUUCGAAUUUUUUCCAUCUUCUCUCCCACUUUUCUUCUAGUCUGAAGUCGGCGGAAUUAAGAAAAAAGUUUGAUGCAGGGUGAGAUGACGCCCGGCGCCCUGAUGAGUUUCCUCGUGUCGGCGCAGACGAUUCAGCGCUCGCUCAGCCAAUUAUCGAUUAUUUUCGGGACGGCGAUCAAAGGAUGGACCGCCGGCGGGCGUGUCCUUCAAUUCGCCCGCUUGGAACCGUCGAUCGCGUUGGAUUCGGGCGUCUGCAUUCCCUAUCACACUCUCUGGGGCGACAUCCAGUUCGAGAACGUCUCUUUUGCCUAUCCGACACGGCCUGGACACACGGUACGCCGGUUUUGGAUAUCUAUAAAAAUUCGACUUGUUCUAGACUUUAUUUUCAGGUCUUUGAAAACCUGACACUCACGAUUCCGGCCGGACAAGUUGUCGCUUUGUGUGGACCAAGUGGAGAAGGUGAAGAACUGAAAGAAAACAUCAGACUUGCCAAAUUACGGGCCGGCCCGGGCCGAAAAAUUUGCUGGCCCGGCUCAAAAAGUCGCGAAUUCAAAUUUUUUUGGGGAAAUCUAUUUUUUUCGUUUUUUUGCGGGGAUCAAAAUUUAAAAAGUGCUGAAGAGGAUAAUUCAAAAAUUGAAGCAGAAAAAAAGAUCACUCAGUUCAACGAGAAAAAGCUCUCCAGCAAUCAAGUUGCGAAAAUCACGGAUGCAACUGCGAAGUUCUGUCUGAGAAGUGGAAAGUCGUUCAAGUUUUGCUUUUUUAUGCUCGAUACUUGCAAAAUUCGUUAGUUCUACGAAAAACAAACAUUUUAUUUAAUCAAUAGUUCAAAAUUUGGAUUCCCGCUUUUUGAACCGGGCCGACCGGGCCGGAGUUUUGACAAUUUCGGCCCGGCCCGGCCCGGCCCGUGGCAACUCUGGAAAACAUUGCUGUCUUCAAGAAACGCAUCAAUGCUUUGACUUUUUCUUGAUCUUAUUGAUCUAAAUAUGUUUUUUUUUCCAGGAAAAAGUACGAUAACGCAUCUGCUCGAGCGUUUCUACGAGCCGAAAUCGGGUCGAGUGACUUUGGACGGAAAAGAUUUGAGAGAACUGAAUGUGGAAUGGCUGCGCGGACAGGUCAUCGGGCUCAUCUCGCAAGAGCCCGUCCUCUUCGCCACGUCUGUCGAGGAGAACAUUCGGUACGGACGGCCCGACGCCACCGACGAAGAGGUACGGGUUUCUCCUAAAUCGCAUCCUCUGUCCACUAGCUCUUAUUCAGGUGCUUGCGGCGGCUCGAGCGGCUCACGUCGAUGAAUUCGUCUCGAGAUUCCCGAACGGCUACGCGACGGUCGUCGGCGAGAGAGGAGCACAGUUAUCGGGUAAGCACUUAUUGUUUUUGUUCAGCAUUCCGUCUUGAAGGUUCGAGUUGUAGCUCUAUUUUGCAAGAUUACUAGUACUUAUUCGGACUAUCUAGUUUUAAGUUAUCAUAAUAACUAAUUGAAAUAAGGUGCCUCGCGUGUGUGCUGAAGAAAAAUUGAAGAAGAUCCGAGUAGAAGCCGAAUUUCAAAGCAAACUCUUCGUUUUGCAGGCGGUCAGAAGCAGCGAAUUGCGAUCGCGCGCGCCAUCCUCAAAAACCCGCCGAUUCUGAUUCUGGACGAGGCGACGUCCGCCCUGGAUUCGCAAUCGGAGCAACUGGUGCAGGAGGCGCUGAACACGGUCAUGAAGGGACGCACCGUCCUUGUGAUCGCCCACCGGCUGAGCACGAUCCGAACCGCCCAGCUCAUUUAUGUGAUUAAGGAUAAAAAGGUAAAAAAAAGCGAUUGAGAUUUUUCCACGAGAAGAGACGAAUUGUUUUAGGCGUUGGAAAGCGGAACGCACGAACAGCUGAUGGCCAAAAAAGGAUCGUUGUACAGAAGAUUGGUGGAGGCGCACAAUGUCGAUUCUUAG